GGUCAUGCCACAUCCACGAGCCACAGAUGGCCAAGCCUCACGGAGAACGCGGAGAAGGAGCCCAGAGGCCGCAGAGCCACGAUUUCGCGAGCGAUAGCGCAGGAGGAUCUGCCAGUCGAGGAUCUGGAGAAUUGGCACGGCUCGAACCAGGCUCCCCUAUCCCAUCUGAUUCCGAAAAGCCUGCGUUGCGCACCCUGACCUUCUGGCGCACUGGCUUUACAGUGGGAGACGCUGGGUCACUGAUGCGCUACGAUGAGCCGGCCAAUGCGAGCUUGCUGGCCGCCAUCAACGCAGGAAAAGCUCCACCGGCGCUGUUCGAUGUGCGACCCGGUCAGCCACUGGAAGUGCGCGUGUCAGACAGAACCACGGAAGAAUACGAGGGUUCAGGGCAGGUCACGGAGCACAACAGUGAUCUCCGGCAUCGUAAGCCAGGGGCAGAGAUGGACGGUCGUGAGUGAAUCCACUGUCGAGCGUGCUGCCGACGGGGUCAAAGCAUGAAUUUCGAGUGGCUUUACAUCUGAUCGACCCAAACAUUGACACACGCAAAGAUGGAUUAAGACUGAGGAUGGCAUUCUGGGAAUCGAGACAGACAAAUUAUAUGGAUACAGCUGAUGAAUGCGCGACUCCGAAAGAUCCAACCAAAGGUAAAUUAGGC